GACGUGCUUCCUUGACGCCAUUGUGCCAGCUACAAGCGUCAAUACGGUUUUCGGUUGAGAAUCACUUUUUGCUUAUCUUGAUUCUCCAAACUCUCAGCUCUGGUGGUCUAGAGAAAGCUCAUGAAAAUCGAAACCGGCAAAUUAUAAACACUAAGCGCAAUUUUGUUCCACAAAUAAACAAGAACAAUUGAACGCUUUUUCUCCAAUAAUUUUUAUAAAGAUGGCAGCGAAUGUUAAAUUAUUCAGAUUUGUCGGCGGUUUUGUGUUAGGAGCUGCCGUCUCCACUGGAUCAUGUGUUGCAGUUAUUAAACUUUACAAAGAAGAUGCAGAGGACCAGAGAGAGAAAGUUCCUCAGGCCCAGCAGGACAUAGGCCGGUAUGGCUUCCCCUUGACAGGAGCUGAGAUACGUUAUUACGCCAACCAUACAUUGUCUUAUGACCAAGCCAGGAAAACUCCAAGAUGGGUGGCAGAGCACCUGUCUCAUGAGAAACUAUUAGGAAAAGCUGACAGAAAGCACUGUAAGUUCAAGCCAGACCCCAGUAUCCCAGAAUCCUUCUCUGCACACAACACAGACUAUCUGGGCAGUGGCUGGUCCAGGGGCCACAUGGCUCCUGCAGGAGACAACAAGUCUUCAGAGCAGGCAAUGGCUGAGACCUUCUACCUGUCGAACAUUGUUCCCCAGAACUACGAAAACAACGCCGGCUUUUGGAACAGACUGGAAAUGUACUGCCGGGAUCUGGCUAAGCGCUUUGACGACGUGUGGGUGAUAUCAGGACCUCUGUCUCUCCCUGAAGAAGGGGAGGAUGGGAAAAAGACUGUGUGCUACCAGCUUAUAGGCAAAGAUGACGUGGCAGUCCCCACUCACCUAUUCAAAAUCAUUCUUGCUGGGAAAAACAAAUCCUUUUCCGGUACCUUGGGAAACAACCAAUCAGAGGACUUGGCUGUUGGAGCCUUCGUCGUACCCAACCAGCCUAUCGGCUUCGAACGCCCGCUGACAGACUUCCAGGUGAGCCUAUCAGAGCUGGAGAAGAUGUCAGGCCUAAUCUUCUUCCCCAAAGUGGAGCAGACGAUUCACAGCCUCCCUAACCUGUGUGAGAAGGACUCUUGCCACCUGAUGGACUUUAAGGAGUUCACAUUGUACCUCACGGGCAGGAAGGUGGGUAGUGCCCGCACCAGAACAAAGCUGGAGAAGAGCAUGGCAGAGCUGAAAGAGAAGGGCAUUGUUCCAGAUGACUACCUACUCCGACUGUACCACGAGAAGAAGAAGGAGCUAGAAAACAAAGAGCAGAACCUGGCUCAUCCUCCUUGAGGCAAACAAGUCCAGCUCUGCCCGUUCUUAUCAGUUUGCUGACUAAUGAACACAACCAUGGAUUAUGUGAAGGUCCAUUGUGGCUCUGUGGAGUGAGCAACUGGUCAAAUAGCCAUUAGGAUGUGGGUUACAUUAUUGAUAAUUUUUUUAUUUAGAAUGGCAUUAUUGCUGUUGUCAAUGGUAACAUUGUAAAAUACUCAUCUGUCAUUGUAUCAAUAUCUAUGUCUUAUCAUGACCAACAAUAUUUCUGUUCUUCGCAGCUACAUGAAAUUCAUUUUGGCUCUGCAACUCAUGUUUUAUUAGAGUAGCCCUAUUAGCACAAACACAAUAACACAUGUAAAAAUACCUUUUCCAGCCUUUCACAACCCUGUCUUAAAUUCCACACCCCAGAUAUAAAAGUGGAAAGAGG